AUGGCCGACUUUGGCUGGUCUGCCAGUUGCAUCCUCGAAGCGAUCAAGCUGAGUAACAAGAUCCGCAAGGCUUUACAGGAUGCAGGUGGCGCCCGAGAACAGUAUACUGAGGCAGCAUCGUUUCUCACACAGUUCGAGUGUGUUUUCAAGGAGCUGGAAAUACACAUCAAUGACGGCCGCAAUACGGAAUACCGAGAAGCGAUCGAACAGCAACUCAAACUUAUGGAGCCUCCCUGGACACGAUUGCAGGUGAUCCUAGGAAAAUACGAAAAUAGCCUGGGUGACAAGUCGACUAAGUCAAAACUGAAAAUGGUGCCACGAAAGGUGCAAUGGGCCCUGAAAGAAUUGAAUGAAGCUGUUAGGAAAGGCAGAGACCAAGUGCGGGGGCCGUUGCAUGGUGUGAGCCUCCUUCUACAAAUGCAGUCGAUGAUCACAAUACGUGACAUCGAUGAGAAGUGCCAAAGGAUCAUCGAUGACCUGGAGACUGCUGAUUUUGCACGUGCCCUCCAACAGGACUUUGCGCAACUACAUCUACACACGGAGGAAGGAACAAGAAACCAAACCGACAUCCAGAAGGACCUCGCGCAACUGCGGCAAACACUCCAUCAGCAACAUGCGGUCAUAUUGGCUGCACUUCCUGUGAAAACCGAAGCAGCCAGUAUCUCUCAUGUCAACGCGGAUAUUGAGACUUAUCAAACGAGCGAGCUUACGGCCUCCGUUGCUAGGUGCUUAGACAACUAUGAGGAUCAAGGAAACGCGAUAGUUACCGUUUAUGCUGAACUUCAGAAUCAACAGGCUAGUCUCGAAAAAGUGCAGAAAGCACUACAGAGUCUUGUGAGACACACGGAACAACCCACAAACGAGGAAUAUAGCCGACUGUCGACUGCAACGGGGUGGUACGAGAUUGGAGACGCUAUUUCGACGAUUCGAGUCGCGGCAUUCACUGCAUCGAUGUUCGCACUUGGAUACCACUCAAGGACUGCAAUCUCUGCUUUCAACUCUUCGGCUCAACGAAUCGAGCAAGGAACUAUACAGCCUGAGGUGAAAGGUCGAGGAAGGAAGUCAGAUGAGUUGUGGACUGCGGAAUUUGCAAGGCAAAAUGACGCUUCACAACCAUCUGCAGUCGAGGUCCCCUAUUCACGGAUCGCUAAGACUUACAGUACGGUCGAUUGUACGGAGAGCACUGUCAACACCACUGAAAAAUGUGUGGGUUCGUACUAUGAAAAGUCAUAG